UCCUCCAGUGCUGUUACAAUAUUGCCAAUGCCAGAGAGAGAGAGAGUGAGUGAGUGAGUGAGAGAGAGAGAGAGAGAGAGAGGUGCAAUGAAUUAAUUAACCAAAUUCAACUUUCUACCCUUUGAAACGGAUCACCACGCUAUAAGCCGUGUUUAUUUGCCGCCGGGGUGCGUUUUUAAUAAGAUCCCAGGAGGAAGUACUGCUGCCUGCCCUCCCGCCGCCAUGGCGACCGUCGUCAUGGAGCAGAUCGGACGACUCUUCAUCAACGUGCAGCAGAUCCGUCAGAUCCCUCAGCUGCUGGAGACGGCCAUCCCCACCCUCCCGGGCACAGUGAAGGACUGCGAGGUCCCCUGGGUCUUCAGGGAGCCCCACAUCCUCUCCGGCUACCGCCCUCACCACCAGAACUGGCGCUACUACUGCCUGACGCUCUUCCAGCGUCACAACGAGGCCGUCAACAUCUGGACACACCUGGUGGCUGCUCUGGUGGUCCUGGUGAAAUUCCGGCAGCUCUCGGAGACCAUAGAUUUCCUGAGGGACCCUCACGCCCAGCCUCUGUUCAUCGUCCUGCUAGCCGCCUUCACCUACCUGUCCUUCAGCACCCUAGCGCACCUGCUGUCUGCCCGCUCGGAGCUCUCUCACUACACCUUCUUCUUCUUAGAUUACGUGGGAGUUGCUGUCUACCAGUACGCGAGCGCCAUGGCGCAUUUCUACUAUGUGGUGGAGGAGGAGUGGCACGCCCUGGUUGGGAGUAUCUUCCUCCCCUUGGCUGCCUUCCUGGCUUGGCUCUCCUGCACCGGAUGCUGCUACGGGAAGUACCUGAGCCACCAGCUGCCCAAGUUUGGCCACAAACUCUUCCAGGUCGUCCCGUCUGGCUUGGCCUACCUGUUAGAUGUCAGCCCACUGUUUCACCGCAUUUACAGAUGCUGCAUGACGGGCUGCUCGGACCCGGCUGUCUCCUAUCACCAGUAUCAGGUGCUGCUCUUCCUGGUGUGCGCCUACUUCUUCUCCUACCCCCACCCAGAGAAGUGGUUUCCUGGGAAGUGUGAUUUCCUGGGUCAGGGUCACCAGAUCUUCCACGUCUUUCUGGCGCUGUGCACGAUGGCGCAGAUAGAGGGAGUGCGGCUGGAUUACGCCACGCGACGGCCCCUGUACGAGCGUCUCCACGGCAACUCGGUGCACGACUUCACCGCCCUCUUCGUCUUCACUUCCUGCUGCAGCGCCCUGACCGCAUUCUACCUGCGGAACAAGGUGCGCAACAAAAUCUGCAGCAAGGAGGAGUGACCACGGGAACGACUGUCUCAAUUCUACAGGAAGGUGCCACCGGACAGUGGCGCUUGCCUUGUCUUAAAGUAUUUUCGGAAUUUCCCAUUAGGCUAAACAUUCAUCAGUAUUUAAUAUAACGUGUUCAGGCUCUGCACAAUCAUGUUUAGUAAAAUAUGAUUCCCUGUGUUUUGACUGUUUACCACAUUUUUCCUGUAUUUUUAUGUGCCCUUGUUGACUAUCCAGGUUGUUUAUGUUCUCUGUAAGCAGACCAGCUUCUGAUUCUGUCCUCUAAGUGGGCUAUGCGUUGUCAUCUGUAAGUUCUGCUGCUGUGUUUUUGAAAUAUACAGUUAAUACCUAUAAACCAGAUAUUUUCCCUGUGGGAUCGUAGGGCAUUUAACUUACAUUUCUAAAGGUAACUUACAUUUUUAAAGGUAAUUUAAGUAAUUGAAGUCAUCAGUGCAAUUCUAUGGUAAGUCCUACUUCUUGAAACGCAUUUGGAGUUUGAGCCACAGAGCUUCAAUGUUAAUGACUAGAAGGGGUGGGUACUAUGUCACUAUGAGUACCUGAAAGCAAGGCCAGCAAGCAGAGAUUUCUUUAAUCCAGUGUAGUACCAGGGAUCGCGUUUUCAAAUCACGUUUGCUGGAGCAUGUGUUUCUUUCAAAACUGCACAUUUGAGCCCUACACAACGAAUGGCAUUAUUUUGACUACAACCACGUUAACAUAUAAGAACUGCACUAAAUAUAAAUGCAAUGAGUUUUUAAAAAUAUAUACAUAUUUAACAGUAAUUGAUUAUGAUAAAGGCUUUUAGAACUAGCUAGUAACCACAGCUUCCUCUGUCUUGUGUCAAAGAGAUUUCAAAGACCUGCUGCUUUGUGUUGUAUUUCAAACUCACUCCAUUGGUCUAGCUGCACACAGUUGGUGUGACCUACAGCUCCCAGGAUACAGCAGUUUAUCAGUUGUGCUGUAUUCAAAAUAUUUGCAUAUCCUGAAUUACCAUGACAACAAGUGAGAAGAUUCUCAGCACAGUGGUAAUGUUAAUACAGGAAAUUGAUGUCAAAGCAUUGCUCAGCACUCCUUUAGCGGGUUAUGUAAGUAUUAAAGAUACAGAACCAAUAUAUAAUUUAGCUUAAAGGUACACAAGUAGUAUCUGUAUUGAGUCUAUAUGAAAGCAUGCUGCACACAGGAGAAAGCAUGACAUACGAUAUUUACAUCAUCGGUGGACGCAUUGAUAAUCUGUAAAUAUGAACAAAUGCAAAUGAAUCCCCUCCGUUCCCCAAUUGCCAUCACUGGUAGUUUCAGGUGUGCUAUGGAGCUGCUGAACCUGUUUAUGAACUCCUGAACAAGUUCGAUGUCUUUUUCAUGUUUAUAGAGGGCUGGCUGCUCUAGAGUCGUUAUCAUUUAGGGGUGCAUAUUUACACAGUCCACUGCCAGUGAAUUUCAGUGCACAGGUGGCAUGGUGGUAUGACUUUCAACAGUUGCAGUAACUUUGUGAUACAAUGGCCAUGUAGUUUGUUUUGCAUGUAAUGUCUUUUUUUUUGUUUGUUUCAGGAUAUAAUCUUUCCCCAGCCUCGCCAGGGAUCAGUAGAGAUGAGCCGGUUCAUAACUUUUACAAUUUGAUCAUUUGAAUUUAGUGCUGAUGAAAGAUGAGGGAGAGCAAGAGCAAGAGAGACAGAAAAUAGAGAGAGAGAGACAAAGAGAGCGAGAACGAGAGAGACUUGAGAUAGACAGAGAGACAGAGACCGAGGAUAGAGAGAGAAAGACAGAGAGAAGCGACAGAGAUACAGAGACAGAGCGACCGAGAGACCGAGGAGAGCGAGUGAGACUGAGAUAAAGAGUCAGCGAGACAGAGACCGAAUAUAUAGAGAGAAAGACAGUCAGAGAGGGGGAGAGAUACAGAGACAGAGGAUAGACAGAGAGAGAGAAAGAGAGACCGAGAUACAGACACCGAGGAUAGAGAGAGAAAGACAGUCAGAGAGAGGGAGACAGAGAUACAGAGACAGAGGAUAGAGAGAGAGAGCAAGAGAGACCAAGAUACAGAGACAAAGACCGAGGAUAGAGAGAGAAAGACAGACAGAGAGAGGGAGAGACUGAGAUACAGAGACAGAAGAGAGAGACACAGAGAUCGAGAGAGACUGAGGCUAGAGAGAGAAUCUCAAUCGUGAAGCUGCUUGUUUAGGGAAGUUGAUGCCUGGGAUGCUGGGUUGAGACAAUUCCCCAAACUCAUUUCACUUGUGACCCAAGCAGUAUGAGAGACUGGUGAGCUAGCCAGCUGCUACCCCCAUACCUGAUACAAUCACAGAAACUUCAAACAUAUAUUUCAAAAAGUGGGACUUAACAAGUACUGUACAGUACAAGCAUAGCAAAUUGUAUUAAUACACUAUAGCCCAUAUUAUAUAGAAUAUUAAAAGAAAAUGGUAAACUGUGGUAGAUGCCAUGAGAAAGCAUGGGAACAUUUCAAAAUGAGUGUGCAAUAUUACUGUGGUAACUUUUACAAAGGAAUCUUUCCAUUGUUGCAGUCUGCGCUGUAUGGUUUAAAGACUGCAACAAUGGCUUAUCCAAGUGCCCGAUACGUUUAGAGCGACAGCAUUAAUAUUGGCCUCUUUGGUAAAUGCAGCUAACAAAAUAGUCCCAUGAAUCGAACCUGUUUUGCACUUCCAGUAGCCACAUUAGUCUCAAAUGUGCCAUUUUAAAAGAUUACAGCAAACGUGCAUUUGAAUUUAAAAUGUUACAUGGGAGGCUUAUUUAGGUUAUGCCUUUUUUGUGGGGUUGUCUGUUUGCACUUCUUAUUCAUUUAGCAGCCAGAAAUAAAUGAUGCCAGUCCACGCUGUGUGACAGCCUUUGUGUGGAGGCAGAGAGGCGUGAAGCUGGCUAGGGUCGCCAUCAGUGACCAUGUGACUCUAUAGCAGGGGUCGCCAUCAGUGACCAUGUGACUCUAUAGCAGGGGUCGCCAUCAGUGACCAUGUGACUGUAUAGCAGGGGUCAGUAGUGGAGAGACUGCCAGCACUGAAUUACAGGAAGGUUGGUCAGUAUUGGCCUUCAUCUAAUCAUGAGCUACUGAUAAUAACUGUAAAAAAAAAAAUGUUUGCAUUUAACACUUCCAUUAACAGUAACAAAAAUAAGUGACUAAAUAAAAUGUCUUAUGUCUAAUCA